UCAACAAAGACUAAAGGAGGAUACGCCCCCAUGGAGAUGACUGGUUCACUCAAUUCAAAUUUGAUGCCUGUACCUCCCUCUCUCUCUCUCUCUCUAAAACGAAUUAUUAAUUCAUAAAAUCUUAAUUAAUGCAAUUAAAUAAACUCUUCAUCCUGCCUAUAAAUCUCCUCCAUCUUGCCUUGUGGUGAGCACACACACCCACACUCUCUCCCACACCUCUGAAAAACCAAUCAGCCAUGGCGGCUUCUGCUGCAUAUUUACUCUUGCUCGCAUCUCUCUUAGCGGCUCCUUUCCUGUGUCUGUCCGAAGUGGACCUGUCCUCUGUGCCUAUCAAGGAUGGUCUUUCAUGGACUUUCUACAAGCAAUCUUGUCCCAAAAUUGAGUCCAUUAUCAGAAAACAGCUCCAGAAGGAGCUCAAGAAGGAUAUCGGCCUUGCUGCUGCCUUGCUCCGUAUCCAUUUCCAUGACUGCUUCGUUCAGGGUUGCGAUGGCUCGGUGUUGCUAUCUGGAUCGGCGGGCGGACCGAGCGACGAGCAGGCGACGCCGCCCAAUUUGAGCUUGAGGAAGGAGGCGUUCAAGGUGAUCAACGAUCUUAGUGUGCGGAUUCAGAGGCAGUGUGGGCUCGUUGCCUCUUGCUCCGACAUCGCGGCUCUCGCUGCCCGCGACUCUGUUUUCCUGUCAGGAGGCCCUGAUUAUAGUAUCCCACUGGGAAGGAGAGAUGGAACCACGUUCGCAUCAUUCGACGCAACAAUGGCAAGCCUGCCGCCACCUUUCGCCAAAACGGGCCGACUGAUAGAAAUGUUCGCCGUCUUUGACCUGGACACCGUCGACAUGGUAGCCCUUUCCGGCGGCCACACCAUCGGAAUUGGCCACUGCGCCGGCUUCGUCCCUCGUCUAUUCCCAACACAAGACCCCACCAUGGACAAGACCUUAGCCAAAAAGCUCAGAAACAUCUGUCCCACAACCAACUCCACCAACUUCACUGACCUCGAUAUCCGCACCCCCAACAUCUUCGACAACAAGUACUACCUCGACCUCAUGAACCGCCAGGGACUCUUCACGUCCGACCAGGACUUGUUCAUUGACCAGAGGACCAAGGGUUUGGUGAUCGAGUUCGCCGUCAACCAAAACAAGUUCUUUGAGAAGUUCAUCAUUGCCAUGGUCAAGAUGAGUCAAAUUAGCGUCUUGACGAGGAGCCAGGGGCAGAUUCGGGCCAAUUGUUCUCUUAUCAAUUCCCGCUACACUGGAGAUGAUCACUUGGUGUCUGUUGUGGAUGCCGAGAAGGAGGAGGUGGCCGGUUCAGGUUGGUCCAGGUUUUAAUGCGGUGUGCGUAUUAGAUGUGUAUUUACUAUUAUAACUCUUGUCGUUUUGGGGCGGGGGGGUGGUGGCAGGAAGUUGGCUUUAUGGCUGUCUCGUGUUUUGAAUAACAAAAUUGCCACUCUUAUGGGAUACAA